UGACGUAAUGUCACCCCGCUCCGAUUGGCUCUGCCCCGUGUCGGCAAGGCCACGUGCCUCGCCGUUGUCCAAUGGGACGGAGUCGAGGGCCGCGUUCGUUGUGUUUGAAUUUGCGACGUUGGGGACGCGGGGAAUCGGAGCCUCUCCCCGUGUCUCUCUGUCUCUGCUUUGUCUCUCUCGCUUGUCUCUCUGUGUCUCUGUCCUCCCUCUGUCUCCCUCUGUCGUGUCUCUGUGUCUCGCUGGAUAGUAGUCUCCGCGUGUCACCCUAUUGCCUGAGUGAGUCGUCUUAGUGUGUGUAGCCCUGCGUGUCAGCCUCGUCGUGUCUUCAUACAGUCCGUGCGUCUCCAUACACGAAGACGCACGAGUCCGUCUUCGUGUAUCGCCCCGUGUAUGUCUCCCCCUGUAUCUCUGCGUCUGUGUAUCUAAGCGUAUGUGUCUUUAUAUAGGCCUUGUAUCACCGAGUCUCUCCCUGCGUCUCGGCUUACCUGUCUACCCGUGCCUCGCAGUGUCUUUGUAGAGUAUCCCUGUGUCUUUCUGAAUCUCUCCAUAGAGUGUCAGUUUUCCACCUAUGUCUCUGAGUAUGUAUCUGCCUCGCUGAGCCUCCCCAUGUCUCCACGUGUCUCCCCUGAGUCUUAGCCUCUCAGUGUAUCUCCCCCUAGAGUCCCCCGUGUCUCCCCCUAGAGUCCCCCGUGUCUCUCUCGAGUCCCCCGUGUCUCCCUCGAGUCUCCCGUGCCUCCCUCUAGAGCCCCCCGUGUCUCCCCCUGCCACCGGUAGUCUCUCAAUGGACCGAGACGUGAGCGCGCUCUGCGAGAGCACGAUGACUCAGGGCGCCGAGGAGACGGUGCUGAGCGACACCCCGGGUGGUGUGGAUAGCGUGGAGCCGCGUGUGGUGUUGGUGGGAGAGGCGGCGCACGACCAAGAGCUGAUCAUCGCGCUGGAGGCGAUGGGGCUGCCGCUGGUGACGUGCGAGACGGGCGAGGACGUGGGGACGAGCGCCAACCCCGAGCAGGAGACGGUGGUGAUCGUCGCGGAGUUCUCCGGCCCCGAGUACGAGCGGUUGCUGCCCACGGACUGCCGCAUCCUGGGGCCCGCCGUGCUGCUGCGGGCGGCCCGGCGCAAAGAGCCGCUGCCGUACUGCUUGCGCCCGCUGUUCUGCACGGCCAUGAGCAGCCUGGUGCUCUGCUUUACCGGCUUCCGCAGCAAGGGCGAGCUGGUAAAGUUGGUGACCCUGGUGCACCACAUGGGCGGCAGCAUCCGCAAGGAUUUCUCGUCCAAGGUCACCCACCUCGUGGCGAACGGCACCCACGGGGACAAGUACCGGGUGGCAGUGAGCAUGGGGAUCCCCAUCAUGCGCGAGGAGUGGAUACACAAGGCAUGGGACAGGAGGCUCGAGCCGGAGGGCAGUGCGACGGACGAGCCGCUGCUGGCGCUGAAGAUGCCGCCGUUCCACGGCUGCUCGCUCAGCUUCCUGGGCUUCUCCGCGGAGGAUCAGACGCAGAUGCAGGAGCUGGCGCGCAUGCAGGGUGGAGAGUGUGUGGAGGUGGGGGAUGAACGCAGUUCGCACCUGGUGGUGGAGGAGAACAUGGUGAAGGUUUUGCCCCCAGAGAUUCCAUUCAAGACCUACGUCGUCAAGCAAGAGUGGUUCUGGGGCAGCAUCCAGAUGGAGGCGAGGGCCGAGGAGUCCAUCUACACGUUCGAGAUGACGGAGAGCCCCUCGCUGAAGACGUGCGUGUCCCAGAUGACGCUCGGCACGCCCGUGAGCGGCCAGAAGCGGCGGCGGCGGCGCGAGGCGACGCUCGCGCAGCUGGCGCGCUCCGCGGAUCGCGGCGCGUCGCCGCUCGUGCCGCCCUGCAAGCGCAAGUCCACCGAGACGUCGCUCGGCUCGCUGCUCAACAUCUCCAACACGCCCGACACGCCGAUGCUCGACUCGGCACGAAGGGGAAACGGGAUGGGGGGCUCGUCCACCCCGCUGCCGCCCCCCAAGCCGUCAGCGCGCUGGCAGGUGGCGAUGGAGCUGCUGCAGACAGAGUCCAACUACGUGGACAUCCUAACUAACAUCAUUGAGCUGUUCAAGGAGCCCCUGGAGAGGGUGGCGCAGCCCGGGGGGCCCAUCCUGCCAGCCGAGGAGAUCAAGGCCAUCUUCAGCAGCAUCCCCGACAUCCUGGACGUGCACACUCGCAUGAAGGCCGACUUGGAGCAGAGCAUGAUCGAGUGGACGGACAACACGAGCAUCGGGGACAUCAUCCUGCGCUACUCGAGAGACAUGGUGAAGGCUUACCCCCCGUUCGUGAACUUCUUCGAGAUGAGCAAGGAGACGAUCGGCAACUGCGAGAAGCAGAACCCACGCUUCCACGCCUUCCUCAAGAUCAACCAGGCGAAGCCGCAGUGUGGCCGGCAGUCCCUGAAGGAGCUGCUCAUCCGCCCGGUCCAGCGCCUGCCCAGCGUGGGGCUGCUCCUCAACGACAUCAUGAAGCACACGUCGGAGGGGAGCGCCGACAAGCGGAGCCUCAGGAACGCCAUCGAGGCUCUCAAGGAGGUCAUGACGCACAUUAACGAGGACAAGCGCAAGACGGAGGGCCAGCGCCUGAUAUUCGACAUCGUGUACGAGGUCGAGGGCUGCCCGGCCAACCUGCUCUCUUCGCACCGCACGCUGGUGGCUCGCGAGGAGGUGACGGCGCUGGACGAUGAACUCUGCGACCGUGGCGAGACCAUCUCCAUGUUCCUGUUCACCGACUGCCUGGAGAUCGCACGCAAGCGGGGCAAGGCCAAGGGGGGGUUCAAGAGCCCCCACUCGACCCACGCACGCCCCUCGCUCAAGCACGUGCUGCUCAUGCCGCUCUCGCAGGUCAAGAAGGUGAUGGACAUCUACGAGACGGACGAGUGCUCGAACGCGUUCGGGCUCGUGGUGCACCCCCCCACGGAGAACGAAGAUCACCUGUUCACGUUCCAGCUGCUGGCGGAGGUGGGGACCUCGCACAAGGCCGAGUGGCUCAAGACCUUGAGCCGGCAGGUGGCCAACACCAUUUGCAAGCCCGACGCGGAGAGUCUGAUUUGUCCGAUCAACCCGGUCGCGAUCGACGUGAGCACACGUGCGGUGGACAGCACGCUGAGCCGCGCCUCCCGUGCCAUCAAGAAGACGUCCAAGAAGGUGACCCGGGCCUUCUCCUUCUCAAAGACGCCCAAGCAAGCGGCGCAGCGGGCCCGUGCGGGCAGCCCCCCACAGCCCGGUGACGGGGGCCGCUCCCCGGGGGGCUUGGAAGGACACAAGGAUUGGUCGAUGGGUCGCCGGCACACCAGCUCACUCACUCUUGCGCUGCCGCGCUCCAGCUCCGUGCUGAGCCUCUCCACCGCCGAGGCGACCCGGCCACUGGUGCAGCGCUCCAACUCUCUCAGCAGCCGGCGCGAUGACGACGAAGAGGAGGAGGAGGAGGAGGACGACGACGACGAGGAGGAGGGGGAGGAGGAGGAGGGGGAGGACGGUGGCGCUGGUGGCGGGAGAUCGGAGAGCCCUUCUCGCUGCCGCGCCGCCUCCCUGCGCCCGUUCUCUCCCCGCGCCCCGCCCUCUGCCGCCCGGCCGCCGCCGCCGCCGGCGCCGGCGCCCGGCGCUUCGGGGGAGCCGGGGGACGCGGGGGGGACGCGGGGGGCCCGUCGCCGCGCCUGCCGUUCCGCGUCACCUACGUGUGACGGCCAUGCGCUCGCCAUCCCUGGUGAGCCUGCCGGCGCUAAUGGAGAAGCCCAGGCACCACACCAUCAGCCAGUCGACCGCCCGUCUGCUGUGAACACCGCCACCAUCAUCAUCACCCUCACCUCGUCAGCCGGCAGGGGGGAGAAGGCUGUUUCCUCGUCACUGCAGACCUCGCCGCCGCCGUCACCGUGGACCCACCGCCCCCGUGCCGCCCGCAAGCGACGCCGCCGCCCGGCGCCCCGCCACGGACACUGGCACAGCGGCCGCCCUCCAGAAUCCGGGGGUGCCCUGCGCCACGGCCCUUACCCCCCCCCCACCGCUGGCACAGAUUCACGAGGGUCUGUCUCAGCGGAUAGCGGGGAUGGCAGGCAGGGGGGAGGGUGCUCGCACACUAAGAGCCACUGACUUUUGGGAAGGGGGGGGGCCCACUCCCCAACGUCUUCCUCCACACUUCCUUCACGGGGAUUGGGAGGCCCCCCCCCCAACACGAGUAGCAUCCAACCGUCAACAACGCUUGGACCACCGCCCCCUCGCGCUCUCCCCAGCACCCCCCACGUCACCCCCAGUGUGCAGAUCGGGCCGUCGCUUGGUCCCGCAAUACCUGGCCCCCGCCCCUCCCCCCACCCACUCCCUGGACCUCGGGCGGUUCUCGUUGACUCUGCGACCUCCAUUGAUCCGCAUCGAUCCCCGUUCCGGUCCGCGGCCGCCGCGGCCGCAGUGGAACCUGGGGACUGGCCGCUGUCGGCUCCUGGCUCCCGCUCGCGGGCACCGAACGCGCCGCACGGCUCUGCGCGGCCCCGUGCCUCUGGGUCGCGACCCCGGGACGGCCUCUUGAUCCACAAUUUCGUCGGUUGUUGCGCGCCGCUGACGGGGCCGCGUCGCGAGCGACGAGCGUUCGUCUCGGCACGUCGCGGGUGGUUUUUAUUUUCUUCAGCGGCGGGGACUGGUGCGACCGUGGAUUCGGGGCGGUCUCUUCUGGGAGGGGGGGGGGGGUGGGGGGAGGUGCUGCCCACACCAUUCCUGGGGCCUCCAGCUGAGAUGGCCCUGCCCUACCCUGCCCAUCCUGUCUCUGCCCUGCCAGGCCCUCAUCCCACGCCUUGCCCUCUCCUCUGUCGCGAUUUCUCCCUGCCCGCUUCUUGCAUUCUCUCCUGUGCCUUUGUCGCCCUCCUCUGCCCUGCCCUUUCCUGUUUGGGAGCUGAUGGCCUUGGGUACCUGGUCGGGAAAACCCUUCGCACUUCCCCCCCCCCCACCACCACCACCACCAGCUCCCGACGCUCGCAGUUCCCCGAUGUUCUUCGACGGCCACCGACAUGGGAGUGAAUCGAGCGUGUCUGCGGUGGCACCUUCGUGUGAGCACAUUCCGUACGCUGAACUUCUUUCGCGCCGCACGCAGACCUCCACCUCCACCGCGGCACGCUUGCCGUCUGAUAAGCUGAGCGCGGGGUGGCCUGCGCCUUAAGUAAACUGGCUCUGAUGAGCACAAGGGAGACGCGGCGGGUACGCCUCACGUCUCACGUUCGAUGCCCCCUUCCGUGACGGGGCUGGCCGCCGUGUGCAAUGCUUUCUGGGUGAGUUCUGAACGGUUAUACAGGUGGGGGGGGGGGGGGGGGGGGGCCCGCUAAUUUUCUAGAUGCGGGGGGUGGUCAGCUCCUACCCUCCCCCCUCUUAUUUUCUCACAACCCCCCCCCCCCCACACAACCUUUGCCAUUACCCCGAAAGGGGCCACGGGCUCUUUGGUUUGUCUGAGAGUUCUCCAGGGACUCUCCCACCCAGUGAGUGCUGAGGGCCACGAUGGCACACACAGCCCCGGUCAACAACUCGAUGUUUAUAUUAAUAUUUGCGUAGCGCACGUAGACGAAUAAUCAUUGUUAUUAUUAUUGUUGCGUACGUUGGGAAUUGAAUUUAACCCUGCAUCAAUAAACUUUGUUGUACGACCCUGUACACCACA